AGAUGUCAAUAUUUAAUAUUCGUCAUUUAACAGUAUUUCUUUAAUGUUGCAGAAAUUUCAUUACUGUAUUUUUGUUUCAUUUUUAUUCGAAAUUAUAAUGUUUUUGUAAUUACCACGUGUGUAAUGUCGUUAUUCGAAAACACUGCUUUUAAUUCCACUCUUUACGAGGCUCUGUAUCUUCAAAUAGAGGAUACUUUAAGCUUUGCAAAAGAUUUUUUUCAGUCCUGCGUAUCAUCGCUACCGAUUGAUAAUUUACCAAAAAGUUUCGUCAAUCUUGAUGAUUUCACAUUUUACGAUAAUCUAGCAGAGGUUUUAUUCUUUAACGAGUUUCAGUUUCUCCUAUUGAAAACAUUUUUCCUUAUUCUGCUGUUUACUUUGUUAUUGAUUUUCGUGUCCUGGCGAGUAUAUGGUAACCGGAUAUCAGAACGGUUUAUGAAACCCGCAACUUCAGCCACAAUAGCACAAUUGAAAGAGAGUGUCUCUAAACUAAAACUACCAAAAGAGCACACACCAAGAAUCUAAAAUGGCAGACAAAAUCAAAAAAUUUUUUCAAAAGAAAAAAGCUGAUGCUAAAUUUAAGUUAGCUGGUCCAGGCCACAGGUUAAGUGAAUCUUCCAUAAGUAAUCAAUCCGUUGUAAAGAAGGAAUCAUCUGUGGUGAAAAGAAGUGGUUUGUCUGAAGAAAGUAAAAUAGCUGCAGAUGCUGCCUUAGCUAGAUUGCAACAAAAACGAGAUAAUCCAGCAUUUAACACCUCAUUAGCAGCUAUUAAGGCUCAGGUAAAAAGGGAAUUAGAAAAUGAAGAAACCCAUUCAAAAGCUAUAGAAUCAAUAGCCCCAAAAGAGAGACAAGAAAUUGAGACUGAAUUACCAGGAAACUUUGCUGCAUCUGGAGUAUUCUUUAAGUGUCCCAUAAUAAGUAAUGACAUUCUACCAAGAGAUGAAUGGAAACAGAAUAUCAAAAAAUUUCUCUAUGAGCAAUUGGAAGAAGAAAGAGGCCUCACAGCCUGUCUGAUUAUUCAAUCUUGUAAUAACAAUAGGGAAAAGAUAGAUACCUGCGUGGAGACAUUAUGCAAAUAUUUGGAAAACAUUAUCACAUACCCCGAAGAGGAGAAGUAUCAGAAAAUUAGAAUGUGUAACAGGGCAUUUUGUGAUCGAGUCCAGCCAAUAGAGGGCGCCCUAGAGUUAUUGUUAGCUGCCGGCUUCGUUCAGCAGAAAUUGGAAAAUAAUGCUGUUGAGGAAGAUUAUCUUGUAUUUCAAAAAGAUAAUGUGCCCUCUAUUGAGAGUUUGACGACAUUAAUAGAUGCACUCCGCUCAGCCGAACCGAUUCACCUGGAAUUGGAUCGAAAUCUGCAAGUCCUUCUACCCUCACAAGCGGCCACAAAAGUGCAACUACCCCCAUCUUUCUAUGCACUCUCUAUGGAGGAAAUUAAGAGGGAACAACAGUUGAGAGCUGAAGCUAUCGAAAAAUCCCAAAUGCUUCGCACAAAAGCUAUGCGGGAGAAAGAUGAACUUAGGGAAAUGAGGAAAUACAAGUUUGCCAUAAUUCGGAUACGGUUUCCUGAUGGCAUAUUGUUACAGGGAACAUUUUCAGUGUAUGAAAGAUAUAUGGAGAUUCACGAAUUCGUUCAAGAAAAUCUGGAACAUAGUGGCUUACCGUUUAUCCUCAAUACGCCAACUGGUCACAAGUUACUCAUAGAUGAGGAUGCUAAUAAGACCCUAAUUGACUUAAAGCUAGUGCCGGCGACAGUGCUCAAUUUCGCCUGGGACUCUAAUGUCAUCGAAGAGAUUAAUAAUAGUCCCAAUAAAGAUGUUUAUUUGAAGCCGGAGGUUAUGGUUUUGGUGCGAGAAAUGUAACGAUCAUGUCACUUGACUUGGUAAUGUAAUACUAAAUAAAUUUAAAAAUUAUGCUUAAAUUUGACGGCGCUUAACGUAUACUUAUUGACGUCAGUUCUCUGUUAUCUAUGGUACACAUGAACAAUACACAUAUAGUUAUCGUGAUAGGACUUUUUUUAAGCGCUCGUGUUGGGAACUAACUGGUAGCAUUCAUCAUUAGUAUAUAUUUGAUCUGUCAAAAACUGAAACUAUGGUAUUCCUCUCUUCAGUCUGUGGAUUGUGUCUGAGCGUCAUGUUCAGAAAGGAAACAUCUAGAACGGACUAUCUGUUUCCACUGGUUUGUCCAGCAACCUCUCUCAUUACAGUGUAGUUUUGAAGACCUUUCACAUGAUCGGUCCAUCAGGUUGGUGAAAGGCCAGGAGAUCUUUUGCCUUCUGUUUUACCAACCACGAUCAGUUUCACAUAGUA